AAGUUCAUGCUGAUAAGUGAUAAGACUUUCGAAUCUGCUCAGUUUUUGUAUUGUUAUUAUGUGUAAAUAUUUUAGAGGCAACAGUGUUGAAACAAGCUUAGAAAAAAUGUGAUACAGCAAAUCUUAAGCAAACACAAUGACUUCGCCAAUUAAACCUUGGGAGAGCAACUCUCUGCAAAACUCGACCCAAAUUAGGAAAUACACAAACAACAGCUUGCGCGACAUCCCCACGAACACCCGAAGUGCCCCCAUCUUGCCCCCGUUGCCGCGUAACUCGCCCAUGGUGACAAACUCCACGUACAGCUCGUACCCUCCAUACUCCAGUGGGUACAACAGCCUCGGCUAUGGCGGCUACAGCACAUACGGCAUGCCGUACCGCAGCUCCAUGUACAACUCGUACGGUUCGUAUGGGGGCUACAACAACUACAACAUGUACGGAAUGGGGGGCUACCCGACAUACGCCCCCAACGACGACGCCGAAAGGCGCUUCGUCCAGUACGCAGAGGAGAGCUCUAGAAACACUUUCGCGAGCGUCGAGAGCAUCGUCAGGGCUGUCAACAGCAUUUCGAUGAUGCUGGACAACACGUUUUUCGCGAUGACGAGCUCGUUUAGGGCCGUACUCAGCGUCGCCGAGAACUUUGGGAGGUUGCGCUCGAUGUUCGGCCACAUCUGGUACUCGAUUAACAUCUUCAGGUUGUUCAGCUGGUUAUACCGGAAGCUCAUGUGGCUGAUGGGCAGGAAAGUACCCAGCACGGAUGUUUCCAUCGCGUGGAAGCAGGCGGCGAAUGGGGCGCCACCCUCGGCGGCGGCCCCGGGCUCGAGCUGGCCUACGCUGGCCUUCUUGGGGGUGCUGGUGUCGGCGCCGUACAUCAUCAGCAAGUUUCUGCCGAAAUACGAAGAUAAAAGCGACCCGACCAACUGGAAAUCCCCCGGAAUAAGAGCAAAAGCCGCCUUCGACUUCAUCGCACGAAGUUCUAACGAGCUGAGCGUUCAAACAAACGACGAAGUCACUCUGGCGCCAACAUACGUUCAAGAAGAAAUGAACUUGAAGAACUCUGGCUGGGCGUUUGCUUUAUCGAGCGGACGUUCAGGAGUUGUACCAUUAAAUUACCUUGUCAUAAAUAAGUCACUCAAAAAUAGAGAAAGCCCGGUGAUUGAACAGAUGCCAGUACCGAGAGUUUUCAAUAAUAACACAAACCACAAAACGCAUACAAAGCGAGUGAGCUUUGGAGAGAACCAGAUUUUUGAAAACGUCGACCUGGAGGAUUACGUGACUGGAAAGAAAGAGAUUAAGGAGACGAAAAAUGGGGUUAAAAGCCAAGAAGAGAAGAAGAUGGUCAUAGAUAAGAAAGAAGAUGAGGUUGUGGAAGUAUUAGAGACGACGGAAACCAAAAAUUCUGAGACAAAUUGAUGGAUUCUUUGUUAUUUUACUUGUUGUAUAGUUUGUAUGUACCAUAAUCACGGAAGUGAGUGUACUGAUUUUGUAUUUUAUUUUAUACAGUUAAGCUUGUCUACUUAGAUUAUGUGAUUUAUUUUGUAUCGGGAUGUGUUUCAUUAAAGUUUUUAUUGCUCCA